AACGAAACUCUCAGUUUGUCUUAUUUUACUCUAUUUAUGGUAUUCAACAAAAAAGGAACUAUCUUUGAGAUUUAUUGAAUGAUAAACUUUAAGGACGUUUACAGGUUACAAAAACCAUGAAGCUUCCCUCCCUUUAGUAAGCCCUACACAAUAAGACACAAUCGUCGUCACAUUUUUGGGGUGAAUUAAGGGAGUGUAAAACUGUUAUUUAUAUAAGACAACUGUUUUUUCCUUGUAUUACUUUUUUUAUUUGUAUAAGGAAAAGACUAUUUCCUUCUUUUUUUUCUUCUUCUUUUCUAUUUUAUAACUAAAGAGCACACACGACCUUUAAUGGCAAGCAAUUCACUCUUGAAAUGGAUGGGCAUUGGUCAACAGUCUGGUAAGGCAGUGGCAGACAAUGAUAUCCUAGACGAAGGUGAACGUUACUUUGGGCUUGAAAAUUUUGGAAAUACUUGUUAUAGUAAUUCGGUUGUCCAAGCACUUUACUUUUGUAAGCCAUUUCGGCACUGUGUGCUGAACUAUCCCCAACCCACAUUUCCUGAAAUUUCCACACCGCAGACACCAUUAGCCAAUGGAAACGGACAUUAUUCUUUCCCUUCAUCAACAAGCAUAACAAGCACAACAGCAACCCCUUCUAAUGGAAGUAUAUCUACCAAGCUGACCUCUCGGAACAGCAUAAACGGAAUGAGCAAUAGUACAAGUAGCAGUAAUAACAGCUCAAAUACAAAUGGAAAUCACGCAAAUACAGGCUCAACUACUACUGUGGAAAAGGAUCAAAAUAGUAUCAAUUUGACGCCAGGCAUGGAAGAUACACUGUUUUCUUCAUUAAAAGACUUGUUUUGGAAAAUAUCUACCCAUAAAAAGAAAACAGGCGUCAUUGCACCUGUGAACUUUAUAAAUAAGGUCAAGAAAGAAAAUGAACUGUUUCGCUCUAGUAUGCAUCAAGAUGCCCAUGAAUUUCUAAAUUAUGUUCUCAAUACAAUCGCAGAAGAUGUACAGAAAUAUCAGCAAAAGAAUCAACAGGAUGGAAGUGACAGUAAGAAGGGAAGUAGUAUUCAUAGCGAGACAGACGAGUCAAGCUCCAGUAGUAAGACCACUUGGGUUCAUCAAUUGUUUGAAGGCAUUUUCUCAAAUGAAACAAAAUGCCUAAGCUGUGAAACCGUUACUAGUCGGGAUGAGUGCUUUAUGGAUUUAUCGAUUGAUGUAGAAAUGAAUUCGUCUAUUACCUCUUGCUUACGGCAAUUCUCAGCAAGUGAGACACUAUGUCAUAAAAAUAAGUACUUUUGCGAUGUUUGUGCAAGUCUGCAAGAAGCUGAAAGAAGAAUGAAGAUUAAAAAACUACCAAACAUAUUGGCCCUUCACUUGAAGCGCUUUAAAUAUCAAGAACAAUUACAGAAAUAUAUCAAGUUGACUUAUAGAGUUGUGUUUCCAUUUGAGUUGAGGUUAUUUAAUACGAGCGAUGAUACCGAGGAUGCAGAUAGAAUGUAUGAAUUAUGGGCUAUUGUCGUGCACAUCGGAAGUGGCCCACACCAUGGACAUUAUGUUGCUAUUGUUAAAAGCAAUGGUCAAUGGAUGCUGUUUGAUGAUGAUGUAGUCACUCCAAUUCAAGAAGAGGAUAUUCAAAAAUAUUUUAGCGAUCUUCCUGGAAGUGGAUCAGGCUAUGUACUAUUUUACCAAGCCAUUGAUCUCAACAUGGAAAACAUCAGUACCCCACCUCUAAGGAACCCAAUGGAAUACACAGCAUAUAGCAACGGCGGGCCGAUGCCAUCAGGUGUAUCUCCAUCCGACCCACACCCCAUGAGCCCACUUCAAUUGAACUUUAAUCAUUAUCAAAUAGAUUCUCCAAAAAGAGAAGAGUUUGAUGAUGUGCCACACACUCCACAUCCCCUUCCUCCUAUAGAAGAAAAGAAGAGCCGUUGGGGCCUCGGCCGAAAGAUGAGAGAAAAGAGAGAGAAAAAAUAAAAAAUACCCUCUUGUGCAUUUCUCGUCAUUAAAGUUUUUGAUAAAGUGAA